AUGGUGGUGGUGGUAGUGGCAGCUAGUGGUAUGGUGAGGGUUGUUCCCGAAGUGUGGCAGGCAUGUUGUCGGAGGGGCGGGGCGGUGUGCAAGGGCCGGGGGGCGGGGCGGGCACGCCCGCGCGGCGGCGCAGGCGCGGGGUCCGUGGACGACGCCGCCGCGUCUGCCGCGCCUGGCGCUCAUUCGGGCCGCGAGCGCAGCGCCGCGAGCACGCGAUGCGCAACACUUCAGCUCCGCACGCACGAGCGCGCGACCACUCCCGCGCGCCUGCCCGACACAGUGAUGUUACCAGACUCCGCUGUUAUGUGCCAUCGAUUCGGUCGUGAACGAGUGCCACUCCAUCUGUUUCCCAAACGUUGA